AUGGCAAACACAAAUGGAUUAUUUAGUUGUUCCGGCUUCCUGCUCUUCCUCUACGUUCAAUUCGUGCGCGCCCAAAAGGAUAACCUAAUCGUGGAAUUGGAAUCAUUUGAAAUCGACAGGAAAUUCGACUCAACAUUUGUCGACUGGAACUCGCUGAGAAUGGCCAGAAUUGGACGCAAUCAAUUUGUCAUCAAUGGCACCGCCAUUAGCAAUCGGGAUUUGAAUAAUCGUCAUUCGUUAAAUUUACAAGUCUAUACCUAUGAUGACAAAAAUAAGUUACGUGGCCUGUUGGUAUUCAAUGUGGAACAGAAAAUUUGCGAAUUUAUGGAGCAGGAUGAAGGUGUGUACCCAAAACUGAGAGAAGUUUCGAAUUUGCCGGAACCAGGAACGUGCCCGCUGGCCAAGGGCGAAUAUCACAUCAAGAACUUCGAAAUAACCGAUGACUAUCUACCCUCCGAUGCCAUUGAUGGUUAUUACAAUAUUGUGGCAAAACUGAAGAAUGGCUCUAACACCGUGGCUGCUUUGGAAAUUCUCGUUAAAAUCAGUCAUCAAUAAUUAAAUGUACGCCCCCGCCCAAACAGCUUCUUUAAAGAUACUACAAUAAAUGAGUUAUCAUUCCCGUU